AUGUUGACUCCCAACAUCGUGAAUAAGGUAGUGGCAUUUGAGAUGACCUGUCGUGCCAACGACGUUCUCCCCAACUAUUUUGUCUUUAAAUACUUCUUUAGGUUCUGCUGCACUGGUGACAAGUGCACUUUUUCCGUCUGGCAAGGGGCGCACACCUUGGUUCCCGAUGGGAAGACCCCAAAGAACUGGAAAGACAAGUGGUUGUGGGUGAAUCAGGGUUUGAUGGGUAGUGGACGAUAUCGUGCUAACACCUUUGCCGAUCUUACUUCCAAACUAUUUCCGCACAACCAAAGUGCUGCCAACCUUCUAAAGAACAUCCAGGUUACUCCUGAGGAUUAUUCGUAG